UCUUUAUCGCAUGCUCGUGGUGUAACUGUCAGGCUGCUCGUCGUGCUCGUGGUGCUGAUGUUGUUAUUUUCGUAGCAUCAUUGCCUUUAACUUUAAGCCGCUGACAGAUUAUUAAGAGGUGUGAAACAAUAUUAGAUCUAGGUGUCGUGGAAAACGGUCUUUGAGGUCCCGAAGAACAAGUUAAACAUUUAAUUAAAAGUCGUCACAGUGUUUAUUAGCCUCUGAAUGCUAAUGAGGCUAACGUGCUAGCAGCGAGCGCACCGUUGACAUCAUCGUUAAUAGGUUUUAUCGGAGUGUUUCUGCGGACUGUGGAGGGAUGAGCACGCCGCUCGGGAGGACCGGGCUGAUCGGGCUGGCUGUCGGAGCCACAGCCGGAUUGGGCUUGAUUGCCUUUUUAAUUUACCGGGAGAUUAGCCGGAGGAAAUCCCAGAGCCUGGUGCUGGAGGCCCGGAUGGUUCCCCAGCUGCUGGAGGAGGUGGACGGAGCUGCUCUUCUGCGGGGGGUGCUGGAUGAUCAGGAGGCGGAGGCCCAGCAGCAGGCUCUGGCGGCGGUGGAGGCGGUGGUGCAGGGUCUGUCCCCAGAGCAGCAGCUGGAGCUGAGGAACCAGCUGGACCAGGUGCUGAACUGUGUGUCCUCACUGCGCUCAGAGGUGGCCGAGCUGAGGGGCGGCCUGCAGGACAUCGCUGUGCAGAUCAUCCAGGAUGUCAAAAAAGGAGUGGAGGACAGCCAGCGGGUUCGACGCCGCCGCCAUUUUGUCCACAGGGAGCGCACGGACUCCACCAGCUCCAGCUCCAUCUACUUCACCGCCAGCCAGGGCGCGACCAGCAACUACGAAGAGACCAGUGAAGGAGGAUACUCGACGGCCUACGCUGAGUCCGACUACACAGAUCGGGACACGGACAGAGAGGAGCCUGAGCCCGAGCCUGAACCGGAGUCUGAGGAAGAGGAGGACAGGAGCUGUGCCACCGUCCUCACCCUCCGCCAGGAAGACUCCCAGGAGGAGGUGGAGGAGAGGGGGCUAGAGGAGGAGGAGGAGGAGGAGGAGGAUGAAGGUGAAGGAGAGGAGGCCAGGCUGCAGCUGGUGACGGAUGCUCCCAGUGGAGAGCUGGCUCUCCUGCUGGCUCAGAGCGACAUCCUCCACACGGGAGACGCACGUCUGAAGGCCGAAGGUUUUCAACUGCUGCUGGACAACAGAGCUGAGUACGGAGACAGCAGGGAGUUUCUGUGGCGCUUGGCUCGAGCUUACAGUGACAUGUACGAGUCCACUGACGACAAACAAGAGAAGAAGAACUACGCACAGCGAGGUCGUCAGGAGGCGGAGUUAGCUCUGAAGAAGAACGGCCUGAACGCUGAGUGUCACAAAUGGCUGGCUGUGCUGUCAGGACUGACCUCCCAACACGAGAGCAUGCACAGCAAACUGAAGAGCAGCCACAUUUUAAAGGAGCAUCUGGACCGAGCCAUCGCCCUCAGAGAUGAUGACCCCAUGUGCUUCUACCUGCUCGGCCGCUGGUGCUACGAGGUAGCCACUCUGGAUUGGUUGGAGAAGAAGGCAGCAGCUGCUCUCUACCAGAGCCCCCCCACCUCCACACUGCAUGACGCCCUCGAGAACUUCCUCAAGGCAGAAGAACUCAGUCCAGGUUUCUCCAAGACUGUGAGACUCUACAUCGCAAAGUGUCAUCAGGAGCUGGGAAACAUCUCCGAGGCAACAAACUGGACCGAGCUCGCUCUGAAGAUGAACACCAGCAGUGAUGAUGAUGAAGAAACGUCCAAACUGGAGGCUCAGCUUCGAGUCUUAAGAAAAAUCUAAACUCUUUCCUCUAAGAUCCAGCAGACGUCACGAUUGGCUCGUCAGACUGCUGCUCAUCCAAUCAGACACCUUAAUUAUUUUUGUCACCUGUCACCGGUGGACAUCCGUCAUACUGUCACUGUGAAAACACGUAGAGUUUAGUGAUGUUUAUUUUUUUGCAAAGUUUAAUUGAAUCCCUUUCACAGAUUAAUAUAUAUUGUAUUGAAUAUGGUAUUUAUCUAUUAUUUAAUGUUUUUUUAACAACUUGUUUGCCUUUUUUUAACUGAUGAAGUUUAAGCACUAUCACCUCAGUUCAAUGGAGUUAAAGGAGCAGUUCACUGAAUCACAGACCCACAGGUCAAACAUUUUCUUUCACGUUUUAUUUCACAGAACAGUCUCAAGAGAUGUUCAUUUUAGAAUCUGGACAAAUUAAUGAAUCUGCAGCGAUAGAUUGAAGUAUUUACCUUAACGUUAUUCUCUUAUUGUGGAUUUGUUGGUGCCUCAGAGCAUUGGGGGUCCUGCAGAAGAACUAGAUGACUUUGAGAACAUGAGCUCAGGAUGCUAUGAAUAGAAAUUUCUUUUUGAAUUUUAAAAAAGGGAGGAGAGUUGUCAUGAAGGGAGUUUAUAAGGAACCCCUGAAGCUCAGGUAGGAACAUAUAAAAAGCUCUUUGUUAAUCUGUUCACACAGUUAACAAUGUAAGAUUUUUAAUCUUACAUGUGUGCUCUGUGGAAACAUAUUUACAAAUGGCUAUCUGACCUGAGCCUCACCGGGAUCUUAAGUUUUACAAAUCUGGAUAUUUGGUCCAGCUUGAUCAGGGACUUAAUUAUUAUUAUUAUUUACAUAACAGUGGAUAGAGUCAGAAAUCAGGGAGAGAGGGGAAUGACAUGGGGGGGGGGGGGG